ACUCGCCAGAACUACAGUUUCCUAUUUUUAUAACAUUUUUAUCGGUGUAUCUCAUCAUAGUCUUCAGUAACCUUAUCAUUUUUGUAACUAUAGUUUUGUUCUCUCCUUUACACACACCCAUGUACAUCUUCUUGUGUAAUCUAUCAGUCAUUGAUACCUUAUACACCUCGACCAUUCUACCCAAACUGUUGGCUAUGCUCCUCACUCAGUGUAAGACCAUAUCCUUUCUAGAGUGCUUUAUUCAGGUGUAUUUUUUCAUAUCUUUUGCUGGUGCAGAAGUCUUAUUAUUGGCUGCCAUGUCUUAUGAUCGCUAUGUAGCAAUCUGUCACCCUCUUCAUUACUUAAUUGUAAUGAGUCCAAAGCUCUGUGCUCGACUUGUAUUUGCAGUGUGGGUCUUGGGUUUAUUAGAUCCUGUAGCACAUACUAUUUUAAUUGCUAACUUUUCAUACUGUCGUUCUCACCACAUUGACCACUUUUUCUGUGAUAUAACUCCAUUGCUAAAACUUACCUGUAGUGAUACUUUUCCUGUUGAGUUAUGUAUAUAUAUUUAUGGGACUGUCCUGGGUGUCAGUGCAUUUACACUUACGUUGAUAUCUUAUGUGUUUAUUAUUUCUACUAUCCUAAAUAUACAAUCAGCAAGUGGUCGAAAUAAAGCUUUUUCUACCUGCACCUCCCACAUAACUUGUGUUAUUAUAUUUUAUGGAACAAUGAUCAGUUUGUAUAUGAGACCAGCAUCUACGUAUUCUCCACAACAGGACAAGUUUUUUGCCCUUUUAUAUAUUAUACUUAUUCCAAUGAUGAAUCCUCUUCUUUACACCCUGAAGAAUAAGGAUUUUAAAAAUAUUUUUAAACAAUUGAUAAAAGGUCAUUUUGUUUUGAGUUAUACAUUAAAGUAGUCAUGCAAUCCAUAAUUGCAAUAAUAAUGUACAGUACAACCCCAGAACUAAGAUUCAGGAAUUUAUUAAAGACAUUAUUGAAUUUUCAGGCGUCAACUUUUGUACACAGUUGUAACACAUGAUUUAAAAUAUUGAAUGAAUAAUACAUGAACAUACAGGAGAAAUGUAAUGUCUUUAGUUUUGAAAGAUGACCUGUUAUGUACACAAGUAAACAUGUUUUUAUCUUUAUGCUAUUGUCAUUUUAUGAGAUGUCAAGCAGACCACAGUCUAUAAAAACCUUUAUAUGUUUUGCAGUAUAAGGCAUCAAUGUUGAUUUUAAAAGAUUUUUAAUUGUUCUGCUUUUGAAAUGUCUUAAUUUUCCAGGAUUAUGUCUGUACAUAGGAAUUCUUAUUUAAUUUUUGAACAUCUAUUUUGUUGCAUCUGGAGUUUUAUUUUUGUCAUUAAUUUUUUUGCAAAUCUGGUGGGGUUUUUUUUUUAAUAGUUUUGUCAUGGUAUUAUGAAUUCCCAUUUUACUUUUUUGAGGGGCUGAAGAAAGAAGAUUUACAAGAAAGAAGAUGGAUAGUAAGUAUAUUUUUUAUAUUAUAUAUAUUCAGUUUAUUGACCCACCUAAUUUUUAGGAUGAGCGGGUAGGUAGUGAUAAGUUAUUCUAAGAGGGAAACAAUUUGUGCACCUAUAGCCACCAAGGAUAUUAAUUAUUGGCAUAUUAGGGUGGCUAAACAAUGGCAUGUCUACUCCCCCAUAAAUAUUUUAUUAGAGCCUUCACCAGCCGCCAUGGGUUGGGGCUCGGCAGGAACAUUUCUUCCCAUUUUAGUAUUAUGAUUUAAUUAUUUAUAUAACUCCAGCAAAUUCCAUAGCACUGUACAAUAGGUGGACUAACAGAUAAUUUUAUAAUUAAAGGAAUACUGCACUCAAAAUGAUGCAACAAAAGUAUAUUUGGAAUAUGUGCAAAAAGGAAGACAAACAUAUAUUUUCAUUACAAUGGAAGGGGAAAAAAACUGAGUUACUACGUACACUUAUAAAGCCCAUAAAUCACCAAUCUAUACCUACAGCCCAUGUAGUAUAACUACUGGAAAUUCAUCCGAAAAAGCAGUAAGUAAUCAACAGGUGAUACACAGAAAGAAGUUAAUAGGUAAUGACUCUGGUGGAUCAAGCCACUAGCUCAUUAAAGUAAGAGCAUAUGUAUUAGCUAAUAAAAAAAUGACAAAAAGUAAAAAUUCUUAUAGAUAAUAUUGAAAAAUAUAUAAAAAGAAUAGUCAAAUGUCUGAAAAGGUUGGAUCUCACCCCUCUAUUAAGAUCAUCAGUAAUGAUUAAAAAGAUAAGUUCAUGCAGGAUAAAUGCUGGAGAUAAUCACUGGAUGAUCCCUGGAAGGUCGCUGGAGUCCAGCAGUAGUCCUGGGUUCAGAAUAAGGUGCAGGUGACUGCCUGCUGUGUCCCCAUGGACUUAUCCAUUUGAUCAGAACUGAUGAUAUUAAUAGAGGGGUGAGAUCCAACCUUUUCAGCAAUUUUGUUGCCUUUUCUUUUUUGAUAUUUUUCAUAAUUAUCUUUAAGGAUCAUCUAUAUCUAUCAUAGCUAGCAAGUGGACUUAAUAUUCAUACAUUUUAGAUUGAUUCAUUUAUUUUCUUCUUUUACCCUAUAUUUUACUAUUUUGUCAUUUUAAAUUUUAAAUUUAGUUUCCAUUUUUUUUAUUAGCUAAUGUGUACAUAUACUCCUACUUUAUUGAGUUAGUGGGUGGAUCCACCGGAGUCAUUACCUGUAAUCAGGGCUGCCAUCAGACAAAGCACAAGGUGUGGGCCCCCAUCCAGGCCCACACACGAGUGUGUAUUAGACACUGUUUGUGCAGUAAAUGCAGAGUGUGUGUUUGUGUAGCGGAUGCAGUGUGUAUAGUGAACACAGAGUGUGUUGGAGUAGUGGAUGUCGUGUGUUUUUGUGUAGUGCAUGUAGUGCUUGUGUGUACUAGAUGCAAUUUGUUUAGUGGAUGCAGUGUCUCUAGUGGAUGUAGUAGUGUGUAUAUUAGAUGCAGUGUCUCUGUAUAGUGAAUGCAGAGUGUUUGAAUGUGUGGUGGUUGUAGUGCUUGGGCUGUGAAUACAGGGUAUUGGUGUAGUGGAUGCUGUGUGAAUAGCUAAUGCAGAGUGUAUGUCAGUGUAGUGGAUUAAUUGUGUUAGUGUAGUGAAUGCAGUGUGUUAGUGUAUAGUGAAUGUAGAGUGUGUCAGUGUAGUGAAUGUAGAGUGUGUUAGUGUAAUGAAUGCAGAGUGUGUGUCAGUGUAGUGCAUGCAGUGUGUCAGUGUAGUGGAUGCAGUGUGUUAGUGUAGUGAAUGCAGAGUGUGUCAGUGUAGUGGAUGCAGUGUGUUAGUGUAGUGAAUGCAGAGUGUGUCAGUGUAGUGAAUGCAGAGUGUGUGUCAGUGUAGUGGAUGCAGAGUGUGUGUCAGUGUAGUGGAUGCAGUGUGUCAGUGUAGUGGAUGCAGUGUGUUAGUGUAGUGAAUGUAGAGUGUGUCAGUGUAGUGAAUGUAGAGUGUGUUAGUGAAUAAGUGAAUGCAGAGUGUGUGUCAGUGUAGUGGAUGCAGUGUGUCAGUGUAGUGGAUGCAGUGUGUUAGUGUAGUGAAUGCAGAGUGUGUCAGUGUAGUGGAUGCAGUGUGUUAGUGUAGUGAAUGCAGAUUGUGUGUCAGUGUAGUGGAUGUAGUGUGCUAGUGUAGUGAAUGCAGAGUCAGUCAGUGUAGUGGAUGCAGAGUGUGUGUCAGUGUAAUGAAUGCAGUGUGUGUGUCAGUGUCAUGAAUGCAGUGUGUGUGUCAGUGUAGUGAAUGCAGUGUGUGUGUCAGCAUAGUGGAUGCAGAGUGUGUGUUAGUGUAGUGGAUGCAGAGUGUGUGUCAGUGUAAUAAAUGCAGAUUGUGUGUCAGUGUAAUGAAUGCAGUGUGAGUAUCAGCGUAGUGAAUGCAGAGUGUGUCAGAGUAGUGGAUACAGUGUGUGUGUCAGAGUAGUGGAUGCAGUGUGUGUGUCAGUGUAGUGAAUGCAGUGUGUGUGUCAGCGUAAUGAAUGCAGUGUGUGUGUCAGUGGAGUGGAUGCAGAGUGUGUGUCAGUGGAGUGGAUGCAGAGUGUGUGUGUUAGUGGAGUGAAUGUAGAAUGUGUGUGUCAGUGUAGUGGAUGCAGAGUGUGUUAGUGUAGUGGAUGCAGAGUGUGUGUGUUAGUGGAGUGGAUGCAGAGUGUGUGUGUUAGUGGAGUGGAUGCAGAGUGUGUGUGUUAGUGGAGUGAAUGUAGAAUGUGUGUCAGUGUAGUGGAUGCAGAGUGUGUUAGUGUAGUGGAUGCAGAGUGUGUCACGAAUGCACCCUACUCCAAGAGUUGCAUAGUUGUGGUGGUGAAAGGGUUAAAGUACACUAUUUGUCUGCACUAGACCGGAAAUAAUGACAAAAUCCCCCUUUAAACACCACCCACACUUAAACAUAAUAUAACUAUUACUAUUUUAAUGCUGCCACCACCAAGACAAUUUAUAAAUGGGGUGCCUUGGUCCCCCAGGUAAAUCAACAAUAAAACCCACCAAAUAUUACUUAGUACAAUAUUCAAGGAAUUACAAAAAUACAAAUUUGGUUAAAGCUAUUAGGUAUGGGGACUUCAAUUGUGUGUGCUAUGCAGCCCAUGUUCUAUAUCUGGUGGUGAGAACUGCACUUACAACUGCUGCAGAGGUUGGCAGAUUGUGCAGCCAAUUAGGGAUUAUUCUAGCCCUAGUGACUGAAUAAUCAAAAUUUUAUUAACAGGAGGCAAAUAUUUGCUUAUCUUUCUUUACUGAACCUCCCAGCAGCAAAGACAUAGUUAACAAUAGUGUUAAAACAAUUCACCAAUCAGAGUGUAUAACAGUAUUAUAUGAUGUCAUCAAACUCCUCCCAAGUUCCCUUUCUUGCUGUAGCCGAUAUUCGAGUAGCAACCAUGUAAACUAUAACUAUGAACCGUGACCAAUCCAAGGUCCUGAUGUAGUCAUCCAUGUAAACUUUCAACAGGUUUGAUGAAUCCAUAUAUCACAAGCGUUGGGAUUCUCACACUAAAGAGAAGUAGAGAGAAAAAAACAUGAGUAUAGGUUCUCAUAUUAGUUGAAUGCAAGUUUAUGGCAUGCAUACUAGGGAUAGCAAUUUCAAUAGGUUUCAUGUAAAAUGAUGUUGAGUAUAUCAAACUCUUGGUUAGCGUGUUGUGGUGUAAACCUAUGACAGAUAAUGUGUGAAUGUGUUUGAAACAGAUCGACUAGAAAAAAAUUGGAUCUAAAAACAUUAAUUGAGUAGACAGAAAAUUUAGGAUGAUCGUCAGAGGUGCCGCAAAAAGGAAUCCGUAUCCCUUUCCAAACACCAGCUGACCCAUGUCUGCCAUGCAGCAAGGUAAGCUCGUCUAGUGCCUGGGGCCCAGGAGUUCCAUAGGAGGGCCUUAGCUGUCUCCGAAAGUCCCAAGACAUUCCAGGAUCCCCAUAAAUGGUCCAAGCUACAAGCUGGAGCCACCCUCGAAGGGUGAGUGGGUGACAGUGCCCUGCUGGACUCUUGAGGAUGUCGGGGGAUCGAUGAAUUGGACAAUUCACAGACAGUUCUAGCAGGGUUGGAAACCAUGUCUUGGCUCUCCAUAGCGGAGUGACAAUAACUAUCAUCACUACUAGGGCUUUGACCCGGUAAAGGAUGCGCUGGAUCAUGGAGAAAGGCGGGAACGCAUAAACUCCUGUCUCUGGCCAAGGGUGUAGGAAGGCAUCGACUGCCCAGGCCCGGAGGAUCUGGGAGCCAGCUGAAAAAGGCCUCUGUCCCGCGAAGACAAUGAAUUUUAUAGAACAAGCUGGGAUCCAAUUGCCAGUCGCUUACGUUCCUCCAAUGACGAGAGAACCAAUCUGCGACUACUUUGAAGAUCUUCCGCUCUGAUGGAAAAAUUCCGCUCUAGGCAGAAUUGGUAGAGUUCCUUGGUAAGGUCGGACAGUAAUUUGGAUUGGGAACCUUCUAACCGAUUCACAUAACACACUGCAGAGUUGUUGUACAUGCGCAGUACUAGUGAACAAUUGAAACAAUCUUUUGAGAAACUGCAAAUCGCAAAAGAUCCUGCGAUCAAUUCUAGGCAAUUGAUGUGCAGUGCUUGUUCGGAGGGGGACCAAAGUCCCCCGGUGGACAUUUUGGCGCACGUAGCGCCCCACCCCAAAAUACUGGCAUCGGAUUCCAGAAUGAAGUAUGGUUGUGAUCUGAAAAUGGCUUUGCCAUUCCAGGCUUCCAUGUUGUGAAGCCACCAGUGACGUUCUAUACGGACUUCAUCUGUUAGAUAGAUCAGUUGGUCGUAAGAGAUGGAUCGGUUUAGAUAGUAAGUCUUGAGCCAUUGCAUGGCUCUGUAAUCUAGGGGUCCCAGAUAAAUGUCUUGGAUAGAGGCAGACAUUAGGCCUAUAGUAUGAGCCAGAUCGCAUAGACGAAUCUGGUGGGCUGAUAGCAAUUAAUGAAUGUCUUUCUUUAUAGCCUUGACCUUUGUAGAUGGUAGUUGUAAAAUCGCCUGUACGGAGUCUAUUAGGUAUCCGAGAAACUGAACCUUCUGAGAAGGUUCCAGGUCCGAUUUCUUAGGUUUUGUAAUAAGGCCAUCGUCAUGUCCGUUUGUUGAUGUAAAAGGUCUGGAUCUUGAGCCAUUAGCAGGAUGUUGUCAAAAUAUACAAUGGAACGAAUCCCCUGUGAUUGGAGUAGCGCCAUCACUGGUUUCAUCAGCUUUGUGAAACACCAUGGUGUGGAACAAAGACCGAACAGGAGGCAUGUGAGCUGCCAAAUUUCCUCUUGCCAGAGGAAUUGAAGAAUAGCCCGAUGGGACAGUGAGAUAUGCGUCCUUGAGAUCGAAUCUGGAGAACCAGUCUCCCACGCAAAGGAGGUCCCUGAGGAGAUGGAUGCCCUCUAUUUUGAAAUGACGAUAUCUGACAUAGUGAUUCAGGUCUUUCAAAUUGAUUAUUGGACGCAGGUCUCCGGAUUUUUUGUGGACCAGAAAAAUAUUGCUUAGAAAGGUAUGUGGGAAGGGUGAUCUUUCUAUCGCCCCUUUUUCCACCAGUUUGUUUAAUUCUGUGCGUAAUGCCAGGUUGUCUGUUGCAGACAUCCGAAAUGGU